UGGCCCAAAAUGCAAAAGGCUGAGGAAAAAAUUCAGAGCUUGGAUCAACGCAAAAGCUCCGCCGCCUUUUUUUUUCGGCAAAAAGUGGAAAAAAGUGAUCGCAAGGUCAAACGGUCUUGAUCUUGAAUCCUCGACGUGCCCACUCCGAGCCGUGCUUUGCCUACCGACUCUUCCUCUCGACUUUCUUAAUUUCCUUCGUGAAACCAAACAACCCGCGACCGAAGCCAUUUCUUCUACCGGUUCGCGGACGUUGAUUACACGAAAAGAUCAUCAUCAUCGAUUCCCAAUUAUCACCAACAACAAAGUCAGAGUAUUCAAUCGCAAAACAACAGUCAAAAUGGGUGCCGAGACAGAACACGUUAUUAAGCCCCAGGCCACCGAGCCCGCGGUCGACACCAGCGAGUGGCCUCUUCUCUUGAAGAACUACAGCAACCUCCUCGUCCGUACCGGCCACUUCACCCCCAUCCCCGCCGGUUCUUCUCCCUCCAAGCGCGACAUCAAGUCCUAUGUCUCCUCUGGUGUCAUCAACCUGGACAAGCCUUCCAACCCCUCCUCCCACGAAGUUGUCGCCUGGAUCAAGCGCAUGCUCCGUGUUGAGAAGACUGGUCACUCCGGUACUCUCGAUCCCAAGGUCACCGGCUGCUUGAUUGUCUGCGUCGACCGUGCCACCAGACUCGUCAAGGCCCAGCAGGGUGCUGGUAAGGAGUACGUUUGCGUUAUCCGCUUCCACGACAGCGUCCCCGGCGGCGAGGCUGCUUUCGCCUCGGCCCUCGAGACCCUCACCGGUGCCCUCUUCCAGAGACCUCCUUUGAUCUCUGCCGUCAAGCGCCAGCUUCGUAUCCGCUCCAUUUACGAGUCCAAGCUCAUCGAGUUCGACAAUGACCGUCACCUCGGUGUUUUCUGGGUUUCUUGCGAGGCCGGUACCUAUAUCAGAACCCUCUGCGUCCAUCUUGGUCUCCUCCUCGGUGUCGGCGCCCACAUGCAGGAGCUCCGCCGUGUCCGCUCCGGUAUCAUGUCCGAGGACAACGGUUCCAUGGUCACCCUCCACGAUGUCCUCGACGCUCAGUGGCAGUUCGACAACGGUGGCGACGAGACCGCUCUCCGCUCGGUUAUCCAGCCCCUUGAGACUCUCCUUACCACCUACAAGAGAAUCGUUGUCAAGGACUCUGCUGUCAACGCUGUCUGCUAUGGUGCCAAGCUCAUGUUGCCUGGUCUCCUUCGCUUCGAGAAAGGCAUUGAGACUCACGAGGAGGUUGUCCUCAUGACCACCAAGGGUGAGGCUAUUGCGAUCGGUAUCGCCCAGAUGAACGGUGUUGAGAUGCUUUCUUGCGACCACGGUGUCGUUGCCAAGGUCAAGCGCUGCAUCAUGGAGCGUGACCUCUACCCUCGCCGCUGGGGUCUUGGCCCUGUUGCUCUCGAGAAGAAGAAGCUCAAGAGCGACGGCAAGCUCGACAAGUUCGGCCGCCCCAACGCCGAGACUCCCGCUAAGUGGACUGAGGGCUACAAGGACUUCAGCGCCGCCGCUGAGUCCGAGGCCGCUGCCGCUGCCGCCCCUGCUGCUGAGGCCGCCAAGGUUGAGAUUGCUGAGAGGCCCAAGCCUGAGGAGAAGGCUGAGAAGAGCGAGGAGGCCGAGGAGGCCGGCGACAGCAAGAAGCGCAAGAAGCACGACGGCGAGACCGCCGAGGAGAAGGCCGAGCGCAAGAAGCAAAAGAAGGAGAAGAAGGAAAAGAAGGAUAAGAAGGAGAAGAAGUCCAAGAAGGGCGGUGACGAGAGCGACUAAAAGAUGGAUAAACUUUUGUCCACUCUUGUGUUCGGGUUUGUCUAAAGUCCGUUACCCUUCUUUCUUUUUCUCUGCUAUUCUUCAUUGGAGGCGUUAUUCAUGCGCAUUUGUUCAUUGUCGCAACACAUCGGGCUCCGGGAAAAAUCAGGCGUUGGGGUAAUAUU